CUGCUGAGGAGUAUUCGCUGCAGUCCCGGACAAUUUAUAACAGAUUGAAAGCAGGGUUUCGACAGAUGACUUUGCAUUACUUCAAGGACGAGUGAACGCGACUCUUACAGGAACUGAAAAUGAUCAAAAAGACCGAAACCAACCACCCACGAUACCGUCGUCCUAGUGAGGUACAGAUCACCUGACAUGAUCUGUGUUUUGUUUGGUGUUAUGUCUGGUUUUCUUGUGACGCAUGUAAUUGUCUCGCUCGUUUGGGACCCCAUUCGCCUGCCGGCGCAUACGUCUUCUUUUUACGUGCUCGGUAUGCGCGCCGUGCUCCUUUGUAUAACACUGUCUGCUAAGCUAACCGAGAUUGCUAACUGCUAAGUAUUGGCUAUUGGAUGCGAUUCUGUCCCGCCCUUACCAGGUCAGGCUUUCAGGCAAUCUGGCUUUAUCAGACUUACUGUGGAGUAAAAUACAAGACGGUUUGCUUUCAGUUCAUCAAAUCAUUACCGUCUCGUAAACGGGCAUCUUUCAGCAAAACGGAACUGAAAACUCUUUGACAUUUUUUAUCGAAGUUCCUCUAAUGGAUGUUUUGAUGUAAACCAGUGAGGUAUUUGAGUCACUAGGUGCCGCUGCUCCGCCAUCUUGGAGCCCUUCAGGUGUUUUUUAAUUUUGUAUUUUUUUUUGCAAACUCCAUGCGGGCUUUCAUGCGUGUCGCACCGAGGAGAGGCUUCCGUCGGGCCACUCUGCCGUAAAGGGCUGCAGUGACGGUUGACUUUCUAGAACUUUCUCCCAUCUCCCAUCUCCCGACCGACGGCAUCCAUGGAGCUGAGCCACAAAGUGAUCUUUGGGUUCUUCUUGACCUCCCUCGCCGAGGCUCAGUUUGGCUCCACGAAGGGUUCUGGUUGUCACAAACGUCUUCGCCGCUGUGCUCUUAGGAACCUGAAGUGCAGCAGACAUUUUUUUGUAACCUUGGCCAGAACUGUGCCUUGCCACAAUGGUCUCUCUCGGCUCUUCAGGCACUUCCUUUGACCUCAUAAUUCUCAUUUGCUGAGCUGUAAGGUCUUCUAUAGACAGGGGUGUGCCUUUCCUAAUCGAGUCCAAUCAGUACAACCAAACACAGCUGGACUCCAAUGAAGGUGUGGAACCAUCUCAAGGAUGAUCAGAGGAAAUGGACAGCAUAUGAGUGUCACAGCAAAGGCUCUGAAUACUUGUGGCUGGGUGAUAUUCCACUUUUUCUUUUCUCGUAAAUCUGCAAAAAUGUCAACAAUUCAGUUUUUUUCUGUGUACACAUUAAUGAGGGGAAAAAAAGGACUGACAAACGGCAGCAACAUAAAGAGUGAGAAAUUGAAGGGGUCUGAAUACUUUCCGUCCCCACUGUAAAUAGCAAUUGGCGUGUUCAAUACUUUCCCCCUGUCAUUUCACAACUUAAUUUGUUCGGCCAACUUUCAAGCGACGCGACCGUCUGCAUUUGUCCGGCCUCCGGUUUGCUCUGGCAUCAACCUUGAGGUUUCCUCACCAUUUGUAAGUCAUCGAAGAAAGCGUGAUUCCUGCACCGUGCUGUGACGUUUCCCAAAGAUGACGCGCGGCGCACUGGAGUUGCCGUGGCAACAGCGGCCGACGACGCCGAAGGGGCGAGCGACUCUUCUGACGAUUGGCAAAAUGUCUCGGGCCCAAAGUGUUGUUCAAUUCGUCAUUCGGGAUUUGCUCCGCGAGGGCGUUGCGAGAGGAGGCUUGAUCGAUUUCAAGCUGUGCAUGGAGGCACCCGCAGCUACAUGCAGUCCUUCCCUUGACACAAUGAAAAUGCAAUUGUAUUUUGACAUGAAUUACACUUCUCGAGGAGAGUUCCUCAAGGAAAUCAGCUGGAUGCUGGAGUGCAGACUAAACCAAGUGAGCAGAGAGAUUACUGACAGCAAGGUGAAAACCAAAGACCACUUCGACGCCCUUUACCGUAAAAUCAUCAAUUUCAUCCUGCUGGGCUCUGGCAUGGGCUCACCUUCCGAUGUCAGCGCCGUGCAAGAGGCUACAGCCGCCUUGCAGAGCAUCUUCCCGUCGACCGACCUGGGAGCCUUCGCGGUGCUCGUGAAGAGAGAGAAGGAGCAGCAGCUCUCCGAGCUCACUAUGACCGUCACGGGGAUUCGACUCUUCAACAAAGCCAGCAAGAAAGAACAGGAGAUCAACUUUUCGGAACUAAUGCCUGCGGUUCUGUCCGAAGCGCUUUCAGUCACCGAUGAAGCCAUAGAGAAUGAGCUGGAUGUCUCCCGGAGUUUGGCGUGGAAAUACACGGCGCUGUUAGAAAAGUGGAACGGCAGCCCGCCUGAGGAAUAUGACGCGUCCCUGGUUGGGCUCACACAAGCACUCCACAAUGUCAGGCAGCAUGAACAUUUUCUCCAAGUAUUACUGGCUGAUUCCCGUUUAUGUGCCAAAAGAAUUGAAAUCCUCCAGAAGGACAUCUCCUCGCAGAUAUACCUGCUCAAAACGUCCGUGCAGCCGAAGACAGCUGUGCCCACCUCAAAGGUUUUUCCGUUGUUCAAGGCCCUGUCAAAACUGUGGUCCGAACUUCAGGAUGAGGCAGAGCUGCUGAAUAUCUUCAACAACAUUGCAUUCAGAUUGCAGUUCUUUCUCAGCUCUCAGGCCAAGAUUUUCCCCAAGGUCCCUUUGGACAGCCUUUUGGAAGGAGUAGAAGUCAAAACGGACAAAGAAAGAAUGACUGAGCACUCGGGGGAACGCAUUGAUCCGGCACAGAUGAAGCAGCACGAGUGGCUCCAGCCCGGAACUGCUGACGAUCUUGCGGAGCUGCCAUUGCAGUACAGUGGAUUCUGUGGAUACACGCUCGUCAACAAAGAUGGACUUGUUCUUCCGGGAAAUCCUUAUAUUGGCGUGCUUAAGCACAAGGGGAAAAUGUAUGCCUUCCACUCCAAAGAAGCUGGUUUGAAAUUUGCCCGCAGCCCUGAUUACUUCAUUGCACUGGUGGCAGAAAAAGCCAAGAGUUCGCCUGAACUCAUUCAACUUCUCAAACUCCAUCGAAGUCCAUUUCACGCGCAAGAAGGAAAGACACUACUUGUGAGUCGGUCUGAGAGCUGCACUCAGACGGAUGUUCACCCAGUGGUCACAAACAUUCUCAAGUCAUAUGAAUGGAAUGAGUGGGAAUUGCGGAGGUCAGCUAUAAAACUGGCUGACCUUCAAACAACAGCGACAAACUCCACGCAAACCCAUCUGAGCCACAUGAGACGGGAAAAUGCCACUCAAACUUGGCUGCCCAAGGAGGUUGCCUGUCAGAGUAAGAGGGAUGGUGAGACCGGUGUGCCCAAACCUCAGGUGUUCCUGGCCGGCUUGAGAGGAUGCAGAGGCGGACGUGUCGAGAAAGUCAACCUUACCAGAUCUAUUCAUGAAUAAUUUCUGUAUGACUGAACAAUCAUUGAACAAAUGCUUUGCGCAUGUUUUGUC